AAUUUAAGCCUGUCCUGUCAUGUUAAUGUUAAAAACACGGUGUUGACUACAAAUUUAAUUAACAUCGAUAGUGUAAAUUAUUUUAUACGAGUAAGAAGAAGAUAAUACCCUUUUUUAUUAAACGUUUGUUUUCAUUUAGCGUCUUGGAACGCCAUAUAUUUAAGGAGAAUGACUUCAGAUUUACUGACAAGUUUGCAGUUGGACAAAACUUUUGAUUCAAGCAGAAUAAUUGUUGUGAAAGAAUUAAAUGGUUGCGAUAGUUCUUUUAUUACAAGCUGUGUGCUUGGACACUGUGUAAAAAAUAAAAAUGCUGUAUUCGUUAUAUCAGCGCAUCACUCAUUACAACAUUAUCAUAAUGUAGGUCUCAAAAUGAACUAUAAUUUACAAAAAUCUGUAGACUCUGGUAUUAUUAAUUUUUAUGAUGUGGGUGAAGUUAUAACAAACUCUAUAUUAGACAAUAAAUGUUUAACAUCACAAGAAAUUUGGUUGAAAAUAAAAGAAAUUUUAUUGGAAAUGCACAAAAAAUUCAAUUCUGUAAAUGUAAUUUUUGAUGGAGUGUCUCAUUUAUUUGACUUACAAUUAAAUAUUAGACAAGUUAAUGAAAUUUGCAAAGAACUAAUUGAUCUUAUAAGAAGUUUGAGCAAUUCAUACUUAAUACUACAGUGCAAUGUAGCAUGUGAUGAUGAUAUUACAUAUGUUUUAGCAAAUUUACUGUCACAUAAAGCAAAUACUUUAGCAGAGGUAGAAAGUUUAUCAUCAGGCUUAAGUGCAGAUGUAUCGGGUCAUUUAAAUAUAAAGUACCUAAGUAAUAAGUAUGAAAAUGAACACAGGUACAUCUUUGAACCAAGAUCAGCUCAAUACCUUUUUAAAUUAUUUGAUAGAGGAGUUAAAUUACUGGCACCUGGAACAGUUUAAAAUUUGUCUACUUUGCUUGAAAAAAAAAUAAAAUAUAUAUAUACAUAAACUUAACCUAAGAAGAAAAUAUAAAUAAAUUUUAUAUAGAAAGUUUUAUAA